AUGGUAUCCAAUUCUCGGAUCGGAGUACUAGUAGCGGGGUUGAUUGGGGUUGUACAAGGACAGUAUCUGAAUACAACCGCGGCGAUUGUAACUCCAAUAACGCCAGAGGGACAAGGACAUUAUUCAACGUGCGAACCAAAGACUGUGACUAUCACGUCUUCCGGAGGUGGAUAUGGGUCAUGUCCCACACAAACCGUUACAUCAACCCAAGUAUCUGUAUCGACAACUACAUGUUGGGAGACUACGACAAUUGACAAACCAACUACAAUUGUCUCAAUAUCAACAUCUACAGCAUAUCAGAAUCAAACUACUACAAAAACAAUUAUCUCGGAAACUGGAGGUGGUUAUGGGCCUGGGACUACAGUUACAGAGACUGUUACUCUUACCGCGAGCUCUGCCCCAAGUGGUGGAUAUCCAUAUGGAGGGAGUACUAUUACGGAGACUAUCACUCAGAAUCAGACUAUAACUAAAACCGUCGGUGGUUAUCCAACCGCGAACCAAACUAUUACGGAGAAAAUUACUGAGACAGAAUCUUUCACGACAACUGUUCCCGGGAUCAUUUCAGCGAUUACGACCCUGACGGAUGUCAUCACAGUGACCAACAUAUCUACAGCUAGCUUUACCGAGACUGAUCUUGUCACAACGACUAAAAAUUACAAUUUCACUGCUACUCAGGUGGAUCGCACAACUCAAACUAACACCAUCACUGAUGAGGAGACUACAACAAGUUUCAUUUGGCAGACCACCAUAUUGACAGAUGUGAUCACGACGUCGAUCCCAUAUACGACCACUUUGAUUAAUAGUUAUGGAUAUCCAAUCACAAUAACUAAGUAUAGUACUCUGACCACUACUGAAAGAUAUACUUCUAGUUUUACUACCACGACCACUCAGGAUCAUACAACUACAAAACUAAAGACGGUAACAACAACAUGCACAGAGUUUGUUCCUGUAUUCAUAACUAAAACGAUAAGUGGGUCUCUUACGACGAUCACAUCGUAUUCCGCAACGACUUUCACCUCACUUAUCACGACUGGCACGACGGAUUAUGAGACAGCUACGGUUACAUCAAAAACAACUGAUUACGUACCAACAACAAUAUAUCAGCCUUCGACGUAUACUACUACCCAAGAUGUGACUGUCAUUUCAUCAUAUCCUGUGACUGUUAUUAACAAUUAUACACUAUGGGAAACUACAACGAAAGUCGAGGUAUCAACAUAUGAAACCACGAGCACGGUUACUUCAACGACUUCAAUACCUUCACCCACAACGAUUGAUGUUUAUAUCACCACUACCGUUGAUCAUCUCUUCACAUCUGUCUCCACAUAUACCUUGAACACAAGCUAUCCGAUAACUGUUAUUUCCGACCACUCUACUACUUACACUCAAUAUACCACCGAGUAUUACACUAGUCGGGAAACAACUACAUUCUCUACGACGGAAACGGAUACUGAAACGGAUUAUGUGACUACAACCUCAUAUGUACCUACUACGACUGUCUCCACAUCCUUUAUAACUACUAGUAUACCAUAUACUGUUAUAUCGUCAACAACUUUGUACAUUUACAGUACUCAAACUUCCCUGAUCACCCUUACGACUUCCGUACCUACCACCAUCACAGAUAUUUCGACUUCAGUAUCAACUGAUUAUGUGAUUACGACCUCAUAUGUACUUACCACAACCAUCUCUACCUCCUUGAUUACCACAAGUAUACCUUAUACCGUCGUUUCCUCAACAACGCUAUAUAUUUACAGCACUGAGACCUCUUUGUUGACUCUCACAACUUCUGUACCUACCACUGUCACGGAUAUUUCGACUUCAAUCUCAACUUCCGUAUUAAUUUCUGAUUUUUACGUCUAUACGACUAUAAUUGAGACCUACAGCACGACGGACACUUCCUAUAUAACCACUUCUUAUCCAUACACUGUAAGUGAGACAAUUAUAAGCGAUAUAACCCACAGCUUCACGGAUUAUAUUACUACGACGAUAAUAGAUUUAUCGACUUAUGUCAGCCUUUCUACUCUUACCACGAGUGUCAUCGUUCCAACCACUACUACACAACUUUCUUUGGUCCCAACAACCAUUACGGAUUCAUAUUUUUCCACGGCUACAGUUACGAAGACGACUUCAUAUCCGUUCACUGUGAUAUCCUCAACGACCGAAUACAGAUACAGCACUUACACGACGGUUUCAACGUAUACUAAGACGAGUACAAAAACUACUUCAAUUCCAUACACCACAACGGAGGAAAUCUUGGUACCAACUACUACGACCAAAAUUUCCCUUGUUCCAACUACAAUCGUCUCUUCAUAUUUCUCCACCUCAGUUUUGACAGUUUCCACAUCUUAUCCUUAUACGGUCUAUCAAACUAUCAUUAGUUCAACGACUUACUAUUCUACCUCUUAUAUAAGUACGACUUACACGACAAUACAGGAAGUAACUUCUGUAUCAACACUCACUACUUCAGUGCCCACGACAACAACCGAGACUAGUGUGAUUACUAGUAUAACUUCGGUCCCUACUACGACAACCGAAACCAGCGUUUCUACAAGUAUCUCAAUCUCAGAUAUCUACUCAACGUAUAGUACCACCUUGACAGAAUUGACCACGAUCAGCGCUACUUUGACCGAAAUUAAUCUUUCGACGAUAACCGUCUCAACUUCAUAUCCAUACACGGUAUAUACUACAGUUGUCAGCGAUCAUACGACGACCUCAACUCAAUAUGUCCCAACAACAUACACGCAGGUUAUAUCCACGACACAAUAUGUUCCAACAACUUAUACAUCCUUGAUUACGAGAUCUGAAACAACCACGGCCACAGCAACUGUAACAGAUAGUGAGACAACAACCGCUAGCUACACAACCACUAAUUUCCAGACUACUACCACAACCGCAAUAUCUACCGCAACGCUUACCUCGAUCGAUGUCAUUACAUUUCCUCCCAUUACCCUUACCACUUCAAUUUCUGGGACCCCAAUCACGAUAACAGAGCCCGCAUCAACCAUAUCCGUUACCAAGACGAUCACCUCUGAGCUAUUUAUCACUUCUCUGGUCACCCUUCCUGCAAGUACUGUUACAUCGGACAUCUAUUUUACUACUUCAGUUCCUGGCCCAACAAUUACGACUUCGAUAUCAGGAUCUUUGACUACGAUUACCUUACCUGGUUCCACCUCCGUUUUGACAGUUUCAGGCCCAACGGUAACAUCCAACGUUUACGUUACCACCUCACUUCCUGCUCAAACCAUCACGACUUCUUUAUCCGGAUCUUUAACUACCAUCACCUUACCUGGUAGCACUUCUGUUUUGAUAGUUUCUGGCCCAACAGUCUCAUUAUCCGGAUCUUUGACGACUGUUACUCUCCCUGCAGUAACAUCAAUUCAAACAAUCCCUGGACCUACAUUUACAACAUCGAUAUCAGGAUCCCUGACAACUAUAACCCAGCCAGGUAGUACAUCAACUAUAAUCCUUCCGGGAUCAACUAUAACCUUGCCUGGAUCAACAAUUCCUGGUCAGACUAUAACUUUACCAGCCUCAACAGUUACUCUGCCAGGAUCGGUUACCACUCUCCCGGGACUGACUACUACCAUUCAAGGGUCAACCUUCACGGCUCCAGGGCAGACAAUCACUUUGCCUGGGUCGGUAACUACCCUCCCUGGAUCUGUAACAACUCUUCCCGGCUCAACCAUAACCUUGCCCGGAUCGACAAUUCCUGGCCAGACCAUCACUCUACCAGGCUCAACAGUCACCUUGCCAGGAUCGGUUACAACACUCCCAGGACAAACUACUACCGUUCAAGGAUCGACUUUUACAGCUCCAGGACAAACAAUAACUCUACCAGGAUCAGUAACUAUCCUCCCUGGGUCGGUAACUACUCUCACUGGGUCUUUAAGUCUUCUUCCUGGGUCUACCAUAACCUUGCCGGGAUCGGUAACCACACUUCCCGGGCAAACUACUACCAUCCAAGGAUCUACUUUCACAGCCCCAGAUCAAACAAUCACCUUACCAGGAUCGGUAACAACCCUUCCUGGUUCAGUCUCAAUCUCAACUGUGACGCAAUCCAUUGCAGGCUCAACAGUGACCCUCACUCAAGCAGGAUCAACCGUGAUAUCAACUCUUCCAGGUUCCGUCAGCAUCUAUCCAACGACCAUAAGUCUCGGCGCAACUUUGACAGGAUCAACAGCAUAUGUAACUGGGCCCGGAUCCACCGUAACCGUAACUGAAUUGAUAACCUGUCCUUCGCCUACAAAUUCUGGUUCAGUAAUUCCUCAAGACUCCAGCUCAUCAGCAGUCUUUGGAUGCUCACCAGGAUACGUUUGCAACCCACCCAAGCCAAAUCAUUGUGCUUUAUGGGCUGAUCCACCCGCUGCAGACUAUCUUUGUGAAGCCAAAUACUGUAUUCCAUCUCCUAACACAACCGAAGUAUACUGGGCACAAAACCAAACUGGGUACUACCCACCAUCAGCCGGAUACUUCAAUCUCAAUCCCAAUGCAUUUGGCCUUAGCUUUGGCAUUUUCAUUGAGAAAGUCGUUACCGAAGUCAUCAUUGGUAACGAAGGAACAGAACUUGUCAAGACUUACACUACCGGCGACUGGACAUCCCAAACAGAUAUUUCUCACUACCCAGCUGGAACCCGAACCGGACUUUCUACCUCCGCACUUGCCACACCUUCCGCUCCAGCCCGUCGCGGACUUCUUCCCCGACUCUUUGCAGGAAAGCGCAAAUCAGACACCGCACAUCUCCUCAUCAAACGGGAUUCUACUGUUGUUCCUGCAGUUUGCUACUCCACGUGUAACAAUGGCUACGUUGAAGCACUCAAAGUGGGCAAAUCUCCCGCUCUCUGCGAUCCUGACUCUGCAUUCGAAUCCGAUUAUGACGCUUGUACAGGAUGUAUUGAUGCAAAUAGCAACACUGUGAAAGAAACACUGCAAACAUACAUACAACCACAAUUUCAACAGUUCUUGGAUUUCUGUAGUGCGCAGGCACCACAGAGUGAGAUUGCGGGUAGUACGGAAACUCAGGUCGUGACCAAGACCGCAACCGUCUUACCGGUUGAGGCGAGCAGCAGUACAGUCAAGCCAGCUGCUACUACUAGUGGUUCGAGUACUGCCUCGAGCUCUAGUGCUAUUGCGAGCCCAACUGCAAGUGCUACCCCGAGUGUUAGUAUUACGAGCCAAAUUGCACCGGUUGAUACGUCUUCUGCUUCCCCAACAAUAAUUUCCACCGAUGGCAAUCCAUCUGGAUCUUCUUCAGCGGUAGUUAGCGUCCCGACAGCUUCUGGAAGUGGAAGUGGAAGUGGGAGCGAAAGUGGGACAGAAUCUAGAACCGGAACCGGAACUGGAAGCGCAUCACCAUCCAUAACAGCCUCGACUGUCCCCAGUGUAAGCACCACAGGCUCGAGUUCAGACUCAGGCUCCAGUGCCACAUCAAAUUCGGGAUCUGGCUCGGGAUCUGGCUCGGGAUCUAGCUCGACAUCCAGCUCUGAUUCAUCCCUUCAAUCCCAAACCUCAACUCCAACUCCUACAACGAAUUCGCAAAGUAGCUCUUCAUCUACCAGCUCUGGAUCUGCCAGCGCUUCAGGUACUGGACCUGCUCAAGGUGCUGGAGCCAAAUUGGAGCCUUCAAUAUUCCUUACAUUGAUGGCGAUGUUACUUGUGGGGCUCAUGGGCUAG